GGGGGGGCGGUUCGGCGCGCGCUCGCCUAGUAGGAGCCAGACAGCAAGGCGGAGGGCUGUGUGUGUUCCGUGACCCUCUCGGGAAGAUGAUGAACGGGACGCGUAGCUGGUGUACACUGGUGGACGUGCACCGGAAGCGCAGACCUCGGGCAGCGUGGAUAUUCUCAGGCUGACUCUCCAGAGUGAACUGACAGGAGAUGAACUUGAACGAAUAGCUCAGAAGGCGGGCAGGAAGACGUAUGCCAUGGUGUCUGGCCGCUCAACUGGGCAUUCUCUGGCCUCAGAACUGGUGGAGUCCAAUGAUGGACAUGAAGAGAUCAUUAAGGUGUACUUAAAGGGGAGGUCUGGAGACAAGAUGAUCCAUGAGAAGAAUAUUAACCAGCUGAAGAGUGAGGUCCAAUAUAUCCAGGAGGCCAGGAAUUCCCUGCAGAAGCUCCGGGAGGAUAUAAGUAGCAAGCUCGACAAAGAUCCAGGAGCUUCUCUCCAUCAACAGGAGAUACAGGUAGUGCUAGAAAAGCCCAAUGGCUUUAGUCCAAGUCCCUCGACUCCGCCUCCGCCUCCAAAUAGCAGAACACCCGAGGUGGACACCUUUGUAAAUGAAGAUGUCGAGAGCUUGAAGAAGACUGUGCAGGACUUGCUUGUCCAACUGCAGGAGGCUGAGCGCCAGCACCAGUCAGAGCGUGUAGAUUUUGAGGCCACACUCAGCCGGUACCAGAGAGAAGCAGAGCAGAGUCACGUGGCCCUUCAGCGAGCGGAGGACCGAGUGGAGCAGAAGGAGGCGGAAGUCGAGGAGCUGCAGAGGCGCUUGCUGGGGAUGGAGACGGAGCAUCAGGCGUUACUGGCGAAGGUCAGGGAAGGGGAGACAGCCCUGGAGGAACUGCGGGGCAAGAACAGCGACUGCCGAGCAGAACAAGAAAAGGCUGCUAACCUGGAAAAAGAAGUGGCUGGAUUGCGGGAGAAGAUCCACCACUUGGAUGACAUGCUUAAGAGCCAGCAGCGGAAAGUCCGACAAAUGAUAGAGCAGCUCCAGAAUUCAAAAGCUGUGAUCCAGUCAAAGGACACUGCCAUCCAGGAACUCAAGGAGAAAAUUGCCUACCUGGAAGCUGAGAAUUUAGAGAUGCAUGACCGAAUGGAACACCUGAUAGAAAAACAAAUCAGUCAUGGCAACUUCAGCACCCAGAACCGGGCCAAGACUGAGAACCCGGGCAGCGUUAGGAUAUCCAAGCCCCCCAGCCCUAAACCCAUGCCUCUCAUCCGAGUGGUGGAAACAUGAGCUAAAGGAGACGGAUGCUGAUGCUGCUGCUGCCACCUCAGGCCUGCGGAGGAGCCCCCACCCCUGGAGGCUGCUGGCCCCAACUUUGAUUUCCUGACUGUUCCCUGGCUGCAGUCAGGGUUCACAUUUCCAAACUCUCAUCCUCUGGGCACUGGGCAUUUGGAGGCUGAGCGCCCCCUCUGGACACUGCAGCCUUCUGGAGGCUGCUAUCCUGCCCAUGGGAGCCAGGGCAGCAUCCUUAUUCCCGUAGUUAUUAUUCUUCUCUGUAGCAGAGCCUCCCUUCUGUUGUAGACUGGAGUUCAGCUGUCCCAGAUGCCAGGCCCUCAGCGGGUUCGGAAAGGUGACAAGAGCUGCCUCAGCCCUGGAAGCUGGAGGCACAGAUGUCUGCAGUGACUGGAGAGUGUCCUGGGGGAGCCAAGUUCCUUCCGUAAACACAGCUCAGUUCUUAGCAACAAACUGUUUGUUUUUCUACUUGCUCCACCCUCAGCCCAGGCUGACCUCGGCCUCCGACGGAUAGACAGUGGGGCUACCUGUCAUGGCUUGGUCAGAGUCAGUGAACCUUGACUUUGACUGGAUGGCCUGGUCUUUGGGGGAGGGGAAUGGCCUUCAGGGAGUAGCUCUUAGCAGAAAGACUCCAUAAGGCCAUGGACAGUUAUGUGGGACUUCUUUCUGCUGUGAAGACUCCCAGAAUCUCUUAGGGUUUUCCCCUGAGUUGCAGUGCAAGAUACACCUUGGUCUUCUGACUCAGAGCCUGAAAGCUGUUUUCAUUGGGUUCCAUCAAUCUCAGCGAAACUGUCACGGUAUUUAUUUUGCUAAAUUAUUGGUGUUUUUGCUUACAACUCACGACUGAUUUAAUACCAGAGUUCUACAGCCUUCUCUCGCGGUGUUUGGACUUGCUCGACACAGGGAAAGACUGUUCCCACUGGUCCAUUUGAGAAUGACAUUGUUAUAAAUCUUUUUUCUCUCUUUCUUCCACCUGCUGCUUUUCCCUUCCUCCUGAAAACCUGCUCUGUACCUCAGGGAGGCAAGUAUAUUUGCCCUGAGGCAUCAGGGUUCUGAGUAUGUGCUGUUUGGGAGGGACUGACUUCUUCCCUUGACCCCCUACCCCAUCCUCCUCUGCAGCACAACCGGUCUGUUAUCCUGGCUCUGAAUGCACCUGCUACUCAUCAUGUUUCCUUUAGGGCUCUUCCUGCAGCCUCAAGAAGGAGCUAAGCAUCAGAAUGUGGUCCUAUGGGACACAGAGAAAUGAAAACCAAACAUGAAUUAAGUCUUUAGGUUCUGCUUGGCUCAAAACCAGAAGCCUUAAGUCUGUGGUUUCUGUGCAUCAGGACUGGGCUCCUGUGCUGGCCUUGUCCGCUGUGGCGGUCUGGUGUUCUUCAUGCCGUUCCCGCUUGUAAAACGAGACCAAAGGACCAGAUCAUCUCCAUGGGCUCGUCCAGUUCUGAUAUUCUCUCCGGUGGCAUAGUCUUUAUAGGGUGACUUUAAUAAAUUAUGUUAACAUGUC